GACAAUAAACAGAAGGUCUUUGGAGUUCAAAGAUGUUCAGGAGAUGAGGCGCUUUGGAGUGAAUGUAACCCUAGAUCCUGCCACUGCACACCCCCAGCUCCUCUUGUCUGCCGAUGGGAAACAGGUUGUCUGUGCAGAAUCGCUGCAGAACGUCCCACCCAGCAAGGAAAGGUUCGACACGGAACUCUGGGUCUUGGCACAAAAGAAACUCACCCAUGGUUAUUUUGAGGUGCUGGUGCAGGGGUGCCGAGACUGGACCGUGGGCGUCGUCCCAGAGCUCAUGGACCGGAGUGGGCCUCUGAACUGUACCGCGGCCGACCUUUUCCUGGCGCUGCAGAUGCGCAACGGAAACUGUUACGCUACUGAGUACGGUACCCUCGUUCAACUUAGGGAAGAUAUCCAGAGAAUUGGGGUUUUCGUGGGCUAUGGUGGAGAGGUUAGCUUCUACGACGUGGACGACAGUCGCGUUGCGCUCUUGUACUCCUUUACUGAGUACUACGUCAAUGAAACCGCAACUCUCCUCCCAGUCUUCAGUCCAGGGAGUGGGGACGUCCCGAUGAUCAUUCUCCCGACGUGGGACGUGGAGUUCAGGCCUUUGCUGACUUAUGAGGUCAAGUCUGACAAAAUAAAGGUCGAGAACUUUCUCACCGGCAAGUACUUAAAGGAUAAAAUGGUGUUGUAGUCCUACCUGUGAAGUCAGAUCAGAUGCAAUAUAUAAUCGAGUAAGCUGAUAUAAUGAAUCCUCAAAUUUGUGAAAAAUGUCUUGCAUCAGAAAACAGAAAUUCCUUAAAGCUUUAAGACACCCUUUUGAAUGUUUUUGAACAGUGAUGAUACUGUUGGACUA